AUGAUCGAUGAUGAAGAUGGUACAGCCUACGAUGGACAAGAGUUUGAUGCAAAGGAUGUUGAAUAUGUAAUUCUCACCCAGGAAGAAAUUGUUCAAGAACAAGAGAAGGAAAUUGCUCGUAUUGUGGAGAUUGUUGGAGUGACUGAUACAUCGGCAAAAGUCUUGUUGAGAAAGUGUGGUUGUAAGUUUCUUCAAGUUUUAAAUAUUUUCUUCGAGAAUGGAAAGGAAGGUCUUUUGAAAGCAGCAGGUUUGAGUGAGAAUGAUCUUCGUGAUGCUGACAGUUUGAAAGUAUCGGGAUGUGAAACAUUUGAAUGUCCACUCUGUUAUGAUGAUGUACCUGCUGAUCAAUGUACAAAAUUACCAGCUUGUUCUCAUGCUUUUUGUAAUAAUUGUUGGAAGGCACACAUUGAAAGUAAGAUCAAGGAAGGAAAAUUACAAAUUCUUUGUCCUGAACUUGGAUGUGCUUGUAUUGUUGAUGAUGAUCUUAUUAGUCAAUUUGCUAGUUCUCAAAAUAAGAAGAAAUUUGAUGCUAAAUUUAUUGAAUCCUAUGUUGAAGACAAUGUUAGUAUUAAGUGGUGUCCAUCUGCACCUUGUUGUGGAAGAUGUGUCCGAGUUAAUGUACCUCACACUACACCACUUGAAAUUGAUUGCAAAUGUGGAUGUUCAUUCUGUUUCAAUUGUUUGAAAUUCCCACACUUACCAGCUACUUGUAAUAUGAUGACUGCUUGGACUGUAAAAUGUCAAAAUGAUAGUGAAACAUUUAACUGGUUGGCUGUAAAUACAAAAGAUUGUCCAAAAUGUCACACUCCAAUUGAAAAGAAUGGUGGUUGUAACCAUAUGCAUUGUCAUAAAUGUCAACACCACUUUUGUUGGGUUUGUUUAUGUGAUUUCAAUCACACAACAUACCAACACUCUUGCGGAAGAUUUGAAGAAAAGAAUACUGAAAAUGCCAGAGUCUCUUUGGAAAGAUAUUUGCACUACUAUAACAGAUAUAAAGCUCACGAAGAUUCAAGAACUAGAGAAGAAAAGACCAGAGAAGUAAUCAAGAAAAAGAUGGUUGAAAUGUUUGAAUUGAGGCCAAACUCUGCUUGGAUUGAAGUUCAAUGGGUUGAACAAGCCAUGUUGACACUUUUCAAUUGUAGAAAGGGCCUUCAAUUCUGUUAUGUAUUCUCAUACUACAUGUUUGACCCUACUGCUUGUGCAGAUAAGAAGAUUUUAGAAGGUUGUAAAGAGAUGAUUAAUGAAAAGAUUAGACAAAGUGCCAGAAACGUGACUGAAGAUAAUAUUGAAAUGCUUGAAAAUGCUACUGAAAAACUUUCUAAUUUAUUGGAAAAGCCAGUCAAGGACUUCUUUAAUGAGAAUGUUAAACAAGAUGUUAUGGGAUGUACAGUAUUGUGUGAUAGUAGACUUCAAUCUGUAUUCAAUGUAGUAAGGGAGGAUCUUAUGAUUUCUGGCGAGUUUGGCUGUCCAAGACCAAAAUCAACUGUUACAACAAGAGCUACAGCUAUUAAAUCAGGUCAAUCAAUGCUCUCACGUAUGAUGGAAGAAGCAGAGAUUUUAAAAAACAAAAAGCAAGAACUUGAAAAGCAAAAACAAUUAGCUGGUACCAUUGGUACAGACUUGGAUGAUAUCGAGUUACAAAAGGCAAUUUUAGAGUCCAUGAAAUAA